UAGAGGAAAGCUAGUAGUUAGCACUAAUACUAAUUCCGUAGACUUCGCCAAUAUGGUGUCUGAAAAGUGAUCAUAAAGAAUUGCCUGAGCCAGCGAUGCAGAAAUUUUGCUAUCCGUCCUGGUGAAGGUCCGUCACUUGUGUCCUCUGCUUCUUCGACCAUCCAUUCCUGUCCUUUUCCCCCCUCCUGCUCGUGCUUGCUGUUCCUCCAAUGAUGGAUUACAUUCCUUGUUCUUUUGAUUCCUUCAUCGACAAUUUCUUGGCGUGUUACCGACCUUGCUAUUCAGACUAUCUCCAGCAGUUGGUCACCAACGGGACCUGUGGUACCAACUACACCACCCUAGCCGCCAGCACCGACCGCUCCGAUCUGAAAUGCAUUUGUGAGAAUGCGGACGGGGUCUCUAGUAACUGGACGUCGCAAGUCCUAGAAUGCACGCAUUCUUCGUGCAAUGGGACAUUCAACUACACCCGGUGGGCAGACAGUAUGUGGAGCUACGACAUAUGUGCUAUUACGCUUCAGGCACGGCGGGUUACAAAACAUGUUCCUCCUCGGCAUCAUCCAAGACAACAUCUACUGCUGGGCUGUUAAUUGGACUAUUAACACUGAGUCAAAUAUUGUUUCUUUGAGCAUAAAAGGGAUAGACGAGACCUUAGAACUUCGGUUUUCGAAA